CCCGGCAGCGACAAGUUUGCGAUUCUGCGCUCUGGAAAGUGAUCACUUAUAUAAAGUCGUUAUCGUUUCGCGGUGCCAUUUUCCACGCAAACGUCGUCGUCCCAGUGCCGCCGACAAUGUUCUCGCUCUGGGCAAUCCCGGUGGUCCUGUUUCUACUUCCGGUGGUCGCGUAUCUAGUGCUGCGAUGGCAAAAUCGUCGUUUCGAUCGCAUUUCGGAGGAACUUCCGGGCCCGAAGAGCCUUCCGCUGAUCGGAUGUGGAUAUCUGUUUUUCGGCAAGACCAACGAGGAGCAGUUUUCGAUCGUCAACGAUAUCACGAAACAGUACCCUUCGCCGUGCCGAGCUUGGUUGGGGCCAAAGUUUCUGGUGUUUAUCGAUAACCCGGAAGAUCUGCAGGUGGUGCUGAACUCUCCCAACUGCCUGGAGAAGGCGUUCGUGUAUCGGUUUUUCCGGUGUGAAACGGGACUGUUUUCGGCACCGGCGAACGUCUGGAAGGUCCACCGGAAGUUGCUGUCCCCGUGCUUUAGUCCCCAAAUAUUGGCCAGCUUUGUGAAUAUUUUUAACGAGAAAAGCUCAGUGAUGGUGCAAAGAAUUUCCCAUAAUUUGGAUCGUGGUGCGUUCGAUAUUUAUGGCGAUGUUUCGAGGUGCACGCUGGAUUUGAUUUGUGCAACAACCCUGGGUACAAACAUGGACUUGCAGAGUGACGAAGGAACCGAAUACGUGAACGCGAUUGAACAAUGUUGCGAACUGAUCAAUCGACGCAUUCACAAAAUCUGGUUGUACACGGACUGGGUUUACCACAAGACUAGCACCUUCCGGUUGGAAACGGCAGCGUUUGAAACGGCAUACAAAAUGUCUCGCCGGGUUCUUGAUCGGCGCAAUGGCGACAGGGGAAAGUUCAAAAAAAACAUUUCCGAAGCUGAAAGCCUAAAGAAACCUCAAAUUUACCUCGACCAAAUAUUCCGACUAGCGGAGGAAACCGACGUGUUCGAUGAACAGUCGAUCAAGGAUGAGCUGGACACCAUUAUAGUUGGAGGAAACGAAACUUCCGCUCUGACUCUUUCCCACAUUAUUCUAAUGCUGGCAAUACACGAAGACAUUCAACAAAAGGUGUACCAAGAGAUAGUGAACGUCAUCGGUGGUACAGAUCCUUCCAUUCCAGUUCAGGUUGAACACCUAACCCAACUGAACUACACCGAAAUGGUCAUGAAAGAAACGAUGAGACUGUUCCCCGUAGGUCCAGUCGUUGGACGAACGUGCACGGCUCCGACCAAAAUCUCCAAAACCACGAUCCCACCGGGGGCGACCAUCGUGUGCGGGGUUUACAACGUGCACCGGAAUCCCAAGUACUGGGGCGAGAACGUAGACGACUUCAACCCCGAUCGGUUCUACCCGGAGCGGGUUGCCGAACGGCACCCGUACGCGUACCUUCCGUUCAGCGGUGGGCCCCGGAACUGCAUCGGCUACAAGUACGGCCUGAUGUCGAUCAAAAUCAUGCUGUGUCACCUGUUGCGGUCGUACAAGUUCCGAUCGCCACUCACGAUGGAGCAGCUGUACGUGAAAAUGACCAUCACGUUGAAGAUUGCCAACCGGCACAUGGUGCAGAUCGAGAGGAGAUCUGAUCAUUCGGCAGUUGAUCACGAGAUUCACUCAUACGAGAUGUUGACCGCGAUACUUGUGCUUCUACUGUCGGCGCUUGUAUCCUACUCGGUGUACUUCCGAUGGACCCGCAGGAAGUUCUUUGCCGCCAUCAGCAGCAUGAAGGGUCCAACGUCUCUGCCACUAGUCGGUUCCGGUUACCGAUUUGUGGGCCAAACAACUCCAGAGCAGAUGCACAAAGUAAUGACGACCCUCACCGGACAGUGUGAGUCACCGACGCCGAUUUGGUCCGGGCAGAACCUGAUUCUGAUGGUUCACAAGCCAGAGCAUGUGCAGGUCGUGCUAAAGUCGGAGGACUGUCUGGACCGAGCUUACUUCAAUCGUUACUUUCAACUGGAUCAUGGAAUGCUGACUACUUCUGUUUCAUCCUGGAAAGCGGUUCGCAAACUGCUUAACAUGUCACUCAGCCCAUCGAUGAUAAACAGCUACAUUCCGACGGUGAACAGGAAAAGUCAAAUCAUGGUUGAGCAAGUCUCCAAACUGGUUGGCCAACCCGAACAAAACUUUUACCACGAAGUAGCAAAGUGGGCACUGGAUAUGAUCUGCGCAACUGUUCUGGGAGUGGACAUAAACGUGCAAACGGAGGGUACUGGAGUUCCGUAUUUAAAAGUUGUUGAUGAGUACCUCACCCUGGUUACAAAACGAAUGUCUUUGGGUAUGACCACAGGAGAUAACAUUCCUAACUUUUUCUACAAUAUCACACAAGACGGUAAAAACUUCAUGAAAGCAGCAUCCACCUUUCGUUCCGUUUCGAACAUUGUAAUGGAAAGAAAAGUCCCCUUCAACCAAUCGGAAAAAGAUGACUACGCAGCAAAUCCGAGAAAACCUCGGAUCCUACUCGACAUGAUCUACCAUUUGGCCGCAGCGGAUCCUGAACACAUGAACAACGAAUCCAUAGCGGAACAUUUGGAUGAAAUCAUAUUUGCCGGACAAGAUGCGAUGGCCGACGUAAUUUCAAAAAUCAUUCUCAUGCUCGCAAUGCACCCCGAUAUUCAGGAACGUGUCUACCAAGAGAUCAUGUCCGUGUGUCCGGACAAAAACUCUGAACUUUCCCAGGAAGACUGCUCCAAGCUUACAUACACCGAAAUGUUCUGCAAAGAAACACUCAGACUGUUCCCGGCGUCUUCCUUUAUCGGUCGUAAAGCCGACGCCGACGUCAAGUUGGAUGAUCGCCACACCUUACCGAAGGGCGCCGAAGUGUUCGUAGCGUUCUUCAAGAUGCACCGCGAUCCCGCGAUCUGGGGCCCCGAUGCUGACCGGUUCGACCCGGACAACUUCAUGCCGGAAAAGGUGGCCCAGCGACACCCGUAUGCUUUCCUCCCGUUCAGUGCCGGCUCGCGGAACUGUCUGGGGUUCAAGUUUGCCUGGUACCCGGUGAAGAUCGUGCUGGCACAUCUGAUACGCAGCUAUCGCUUCCGAACGUCACUGAAGAUGGACGAUUUGGUGCUGCUGAAUUGGAGCAUUAUCAUUCUGAAAAUUGCCCAGGGCAGUCGGGUAACACUGGAGAAAAGGACAAGUAACGGUUCUAUGUUUGAAAAGAAGUAGAAAUUUAAGAAACAUUUUUAAUGACAAAAUAAAUAAAUACUAGGGGUAAUUUGUUC